GCGCCGGCUGCGCCGUAGAGACUCACGUCAUGGGGGCUGGUAGGAUUUCUGCCCGCCCCUGGCUGAGGGCCCGGCAAGCUCAGUGCCUAGUGGGCGAAGGACCCCAUUACGGAAGACUGCUGCCCUCUGCUCUCUGAUGCAGGGCCAUCGGGGCCAACCCUCUGUACUGCGACUGCCGCCUCCGCUGGCUCUCUGGCUGGGUGAAGACCGGCUAUAAGGAACCGGGCAUUGCCCGCUGUGCGGGGCCCCCGGACAUGGAGGGCAAGCUGCUCCUCACCACGCCUGCCAAGAAGUUUGAAUGCCAAGGUCCCCCCGCCCUGGCUGUCCAGGCCAAGUGUGAUCCCUGCUUGUCCAGCCCGUGCCAGAACCAGGGCACCUGCCAUAAUGACCCCCUUGAGGUGUACAGGUGUGCCUGCUCCAGCGGCUACAAGGGCCGAAACUGCGAGGUGUCCCUGGACAGCUGUUCCAGCGGCCCCUGUGGCCACGGCGGGACCUGCCGCUCGCAGGAGGGCGAGAAUGCCGGGUUCAUGUGCUCCUGUCCCACCGGCUUUGAAGGACCCACCUGUGAGGUGAAUACGGACGACUGCGUGGAGCACCCCUGUGCCAACGGGGGUGUCUGUGUGGACGGCGUGGGCAACUAUAGCUGCCGGUGUCCCCUGCAGUAUACGGGAAGGGCCUGUGAGCAGCUGGUGGACUUCUGCUCCCCGGAUUUGAACCCAUGUCAGCACGAGGCCCAGUGUGUGGGGACUCCAGACGGGCCCAGGUGUGAGUGUGCACCAGGUUACGCAGGUGACAACUGCAGUGAGAACCAGGAUGACUGCAGGGACCACCGCUGCCGGCACGGGGCCCAGUGUGUGGACGAAGUCAACAGCUACUCUUGCCUCUGUGCGGAGGGCUACAGCGGGCAGUUCUGUGAGGCUCCUCCCGCCCCCAGAAGCCCCUGCGAGGGGACUGAGUGCCAGAACGGGGCCAACUGCGUGGACCAGGGCAGUGGGCCUGUGUGCCAGUGCCUCCCAGGCUUCGGCGGCCCCGAGUGCGAGAAGCUGCUCAGUGUCAACUUUGUGGAUCGGGACACCUACCUGCAGUUCACCGACCUGCAGAACUGGCCCCGGGCCAACAUCACGCUGCAGGUCUCCACGGCGGAGGACAACGGGAUCUUGCUGUACAAUGGGGACAAUGACCACAUCGCAGUGGAGCUGUACCAGGGUCAUGUGCGUGUCAGCUACGACCCAGGCAGCUACCCCAGCUCUGCCAUCUACAGUGCUGAGACGAUCAACGAUGGGCAGUUCCAUACUGUUGAGCUGGUCACCUUUGACCAGAUGGUGAAUCUCUCCAUCGAUGGAGGCAGUCCCAUGACCAUGGACAAUUUUGGCAAACACUACACGCUAAACAGCGAGGCCCCCCUCUACGUGGGAGGGAUGCCAGUGGAUGUGAACUCAGCCGCCUUCCGCCUGUGGCAGAUCCUCAACGGCACCAGCUUCCAUGGUUGCAUCCGAAACCUAUACAUCAACAACGAGCUGCAGGACUUCACCAAGACUCGGAUGAAGCCGGGCGUGGUGCCAGGCUGUGAGCCCUGCCGAAAGCUCUACUGCCUCCACGGCAUCUGCCAGCCCAGGGCCGCUCCGGGGCCCGUGUGCCAUUGUGAGGCCGGCUGGGGGGGCCUGCACUGCGACCAACCAGCAGACGGCCCCUGCCAUGGCCACAAGUGUGUCCAUGGAAAAUGUGUGCCCCUCGAUGCUCUUUCCUACAGCUGCCAGUGCCAGGAUGGGUACUCAGGGGCUCUGUGCAACCAGGCUGGGGCACCUGCAGACCCCUGUGGGGGCCUGCAGUGCUUGCAUGGCCACUGCCAGGCCUUGGCCACCAAGGGGGCACACUGUGUGUGUGACCCUGGCUUUUCGGGCGAGCUGUGUGAGCAAGAGUCCGAGUGCCGGGGCUCCCCUGUCCGGGACUUUCACCAGGUCCAGAGGGGCUAUGCCAUCUGCCAGACCACGCGCCCGCUGUCGUGGGUGGAGUGCCGGGGCUCAUGUCCAGGUCAGGGCUGCUGCCAGGGCCUGCGGCUGAAGCGGAGGAAGUUCACCUUUGAGUGCAGCGACGGGACCUCUUUUGCGGAGGAGGUGGAGAAGCCCACCAAGUGUGGCUGUGGCGUCUGUGCCUAGCGCCUGGCUGGACGGGGAGGGGGCACGGCUGCAGCGGAGCUCGGUGGCCGGCAGCAGGGAUGGGGCUCCUGCGGGCGGCGCCGACCUCCUGGAGCACGGGCGCUGGGGGC